AUGACCCUCGAGUCCCACGACGUAGCGUUCCCGCUGCCAGCUCGCUCGGAGGGCCGCAGCGCAACCACGUUUCGCAUCCUCCUCCUGUCAAGCAGCCAGGCCAACACGCCCGACGCCAGGGCCAGAAUAGACAGGCUGUCCAUGCUCGACGGCGAGGGCAAGGCGGCCGUCAUCCUCCUCUUGGAAGAGCCGGACGGCAUGGACUCCUUCAUGGAGCUCCAGAUGUGGAUGCUCGACACCGAGGGCACCGUGUCCAUCAUCCCGGUGGCUUCGGCGGCCGAGCUGCCUUCGUGCCUCGACUCUCUCCGUCGCCAGUGCGACGGCGCCGCACCCGACGCAGUGACGGCGGCGGCGGCAACGACGACGACGACGACGACGCCUACUGCGCAACACGAACUGCUCAGGACGCGGGAGCUGCUGUCCCACUGCUACAGCGGCGGCGGCGGCGGCGGCGGGCGACUGACGACGAGCGAGACAAACGUCCUGUCCGACAUCUGCACCGGGUUCGCGGACCUGGCGAGACAUGCAUACGACCCGGCCAGCCGGCGCAAGCUCGCCGACUAUCUGGGGGACGCGCAGGCGGCAAAGGUCAUUUCCUUCUUUACGGCGGGUCCGGGGACGCGUCGCGGGUAG